CGGCGGCCACGAAGCAGCAGUAGCUGCGCCCGCCAUCAAUGGCUAAAACCAGCAAUAAUCACGCACUUCCGAACGGAGAAACGCCCGUCCAAUUUCCCUUCGCCUCGCUUUGCUGGAGCGUGUGUGUACAUUUUCUUUCCGAAACUCGUUUCUUUUCUUCGCCCGGCCCGGCCCGCCGCCGAUGGGAUUGGAUUAGCCCCUCCCCCGGCUCGCCCGGCGCCAUUAUUCGGUCUCCCUCCCGCCCCUCCAUAAGUACCCCGCCCCGCUCGCUCCCACUCCUCAACUUCAACCCCCCACACUACUCGCCAACGCCUCCGCCGCCGUCCACUCGCCUUCUUGCUCUGCCCACCUCGAGCGCGCCCGGAGCGACGAUGGCCGCCGCAAUGCCACCGCCGCCGCUGCCCGCCCUCCUCGCGGCGCUGCUGCUGCUCCUGGUGGCGCUUACGCCGGCCGCGGCGCGCGUCCCCGGCGUGUACACGGGCGGCGACUGGCAGAGCGCGCACGCCACCUUCUACGGCGGCAGCGACGCCUCGGGCACCAUGGGCGGCGCGUGCGGGUACGGGAACCUGUACAGCCAGGGGUACGGGGUGAACAACGCGGCGCUGAGCACGGCGCUGUUCAACGAGGGGGAGAGGUGCGGCGCGUGCUUCGAGAUCCGGUGCGUGAACCAGCCCGGGUGGGCGUGGUGCCUGCCGGGGCGGCCGUCCAUCGUGGUCACCGCCACCAACUUCUGCCCGCCCAACUACGCGCUGCCCUCAGACGACGGCGGCUGGUGCAACCCGCCCCGCCCCCACUUCGACCUCGCCAUGCCCAUGUUCCUCCACAUGGCCCAGUACCGCGCCGGCAUCGUCCCCGUCUCCUACCGCCGGGUGGCGUGCCGGAAGUCGGGCGGGGUGCGGUUCACCAUCAACGGGUUCAGGUACUUCAACCUGGUGCUGAUCACCAACGUGGCGGGGGCCGGGGACCUGGUGCGGGCGAGCGUGAAGGGGUCCAGCACCGGGUGGAUGCCCAUGUCGCGCAACUGGGGCCAGAACUGGCAGUCCAACUCCGUCCUCGUCGGCCAGCCGCUCUCCUUCCGCGUCACCGCCAGCGACCGCCGCACCUCCACCUCCUGGAACGCCGCCCCACACAACUGGCGCUUCGGCCAGACCUUCGAGGGCAACAACUUCAGGGUCUAGCUGCCCUUCUUCUCCUUCUCCGGCGCCGGCGAUGGAUGCGGCACAUGGGCGAGGUUGGUGUGUGGCCUGCGAAUGCAGAUGCAAGGUGCAAGCAGGUUGAUACUAGUAGCAGUCUAUCU